AUCCUCCUCCCAUAUAUCGUGAACUUUACUCUUGGCAUAAGUGACACGAGUUUGUCUUUAAAAGCGCAAAGGCGGAACGGACAACUCUCAGUUAGCAAGACUCGGUGUCUGACACACACAUCCAUCGAGAAGUAUUUGACAGACGUCACAUCACUAAACAUGGGCUCUUCCCGCGUAUUGGGACUUCAUUUGAUGCUUUUACUCGUUCUUGUGUGCGAGGCAUCGGAAGAUGAACUUCAGCGAGAGGUGACACUUUCACCUGAGGAGAUGAAAUAUAUGAUGUUACAGAGACCAAUACUUCCUGACAUGUCCAAGUUGAUGAAACUAAUAGUUUCAGCCUCUUCAGGGCCAGAUAUGAGCCCAAUAGAAGACACAAAUUUUCAUCCUGAGGACGUCAGAAGUGGACGCAGAGUUUUAGGUCCUCGCUCCAUGGGACCCAACAUGGGGCCGGAGAUUCUUUUCCCACCAGCCUUUCCAACUAUCGGCAACCUCCAAGAUAUCUGUAAAUUUAGUAAAGCUCCGGUCCGAUACCCUAAAGACAUGUUUCCUUCGAGUGGCUUUGGUAGGGAGCAUCGUCAGGCUGAUGCUGUCAAUCGACUUCAGCCGUGGUAUGGUGUGUGCUGUGGCCUUAAUGCAACACAGGAAGAGCAAAUCUGUUGUGCUAUACAAGCGUGGAAGAGGACUCUUUCUGCUUUCUGCGAUGAAGAAUUCUCUGUUAAAACCAGUCAGUAUUCCUGCUGCCACAAGACAAAGCAGGCCAGAUGGACGUGUUUCGAUAAAGAGGUUUCAGAUUCUUCAUACAAUGUCUCUUCUGAGGUCUCAAAUGCCUACACUCCACUCAAGGUCAAAGGCUUCAAAUAUAACCCCAAUGCUUGCAAAGGGUAGUAUUCUCCUGGAGUUUAACCAGUGUGUUUGGGUUUAAAUGUGCAUUCUAUAAAUGUUUCCUCAUGAAAAAAGUUGUAAUACUUAAGAAAUGAAUUGUAAUUUGUAACAAAUGUAGAAGAUCACAUGACCAUCCGAAUACUACUUGUGUAAUCCAGUAACUGCCCUGUUAUAGGACACUUUAAGUAAUGGUUUAAAUUAAUCAUGGCUUGGUGUCAUUCCAAGAUGACAAAAAUGACUAAGUGCACCUUUUAAAAGGCAAAUGAGAACAUUGAAGAAGGUUUUUUGAACAUGGGGUGGAUUUAUAAUCAUAUAAUGAAAUAUAACAUAUGAAAACUGUUCUUGUGCAAACCUGCGCUCCUGAUAUAACAGCAUAUAAAAGUAUAAAGUAUUAGCUCGUGUUAGUAUUAUUGUUUUAGAAGUUAUGGUGUUGUUAAUCAUUUUAGGGACUGAUUAAUUUUCCGUGUUUUAGACAGUUGAUCGGUGAUCAGCUCAAUUCAAUGACGGGAUUAUUUAGUAGCUUCAUUCUUUCUUGAUUAUUCUUUUUGAAAACAUUGUAAGUGCACUGUUAAUGUCUUUCAGUAUUAUUUUUUUCUCCUCACAUUUUCGUAAAGAGUAAGUUUAAAUCAUUUAAUCAUCAUAAUCUUCUUUUUCUCAUCAUUUUCAUUAUUGUUGAUUAAAUAAAAAUACUUGUCAAUCCUUUCGUUAACGAGAUGAACAGAUAAUACAGCAGUUUUCAAAUAACAUUAAUUAAUUGUCAUUUAUUUUUAAUAUGUACAAUAUUUUGACAGCACUUCACAGGUUAAGCUGGAAAGCCAACCAUUUCCCUCCUUUCCAUGUCUAUGGAUGUGGCUGGAAAAUUAAAAAAUAAAAUGAAUGCAUGUUUGUUUUUUGUUUUCAAACAUUUGGAAUGUCACAGAGUUGUGUACAGAAACAUUGAGUGAACCAAGAGUUUGGUUGGAUAGACCGUGAUGUUUUUUCUAGUUUAUACAUGCUAAGCUAUUUCUAUUAUUUGGAUUUUUUGACUCGAUACAUUUUCAUUAUGAAUGUGAUUUGGUUUUAUUCCCAUUUUUAUUUCAUCACAUUAUUGUUUAUAUUACAUGAUAGAUGGAAACUCCAAAUAAUAUUUUUAAAUAUCUGUUCUAUGCACAAAUUCCAUUCAUCAAAAAUAAUAAAAUGUUUUUUAACUGCUG